AUGCGAUAUUUGAACUUCAAGGAGAAUGAUAUGGAAAGGCGAUAUUUGAACUUCAAGGAGAAUGAUAUGGAAAGUAAUCUGAAUUCAUCGGUAUGUCAUCGUCUAAGCAAUCGAUUCGCACCAAAAUCGACACCUCCGUUUGGAUUUUGCGAAAUGGAAAAUGGGUCUGGUUCACAUAACUUCCUUGUUUUGGGCAACGGUUACGCCAUUAACCUGGGACCGCUCGUCUAUGAUGCUUUCAAGGAUCAUGCAAAAGCAUUUAAUAUAUUUUCAUUGAGAGAUCCUUCUCGAUACGAGAACUUUAUUGAGAACGACAUGCUCAGGAAUAUGAACGCAUCGGUUUGUGCCCGCUUGAGUGAUCGAUUUGUGCUCGGUGCGGAAUCACCGUUCGGAUUAUGCGAACUCAAGGAUGGUGACGGUUCGCAUGAUAUGCUCGUCGUAGGUGACACUCUUGCUAUCAAUCUUGGACCAGUCGUUUAUAAUGCCUUCAAAAAACAUGCAAGACAUUUCGACAUUCUUUCAUUGAAAGGGUGCGAUAUGUUGACGAAACAUCAAAAAGGGAAGUGUAAGAUCGCUGUGAACUAUAUGACGAUGCUGAACGAAUUGAAACCGGAGGUGAUUUUCGUACUUCAAAGCCACAUAGUGUCCAAAAGAGUGAUGCCCGAUGCAGCAAAAAAGAUAGACGAAGAUGAUGUAUUUCGCGAACAGCUGGCUAGACUGCAAAACAUGGAGAAAUUUGCAAAAAAGGUAUACAUUUUACAAGCCCUACCUACGUUGAACCGAAAUAAUUACGACCUCAUCUAUACGCAUAAAUCUAUACGAGAAUUGAAGGUGCUCAAAGUGCGAAAUCAUCGACAUCAAGCCGGCACUGGUCGAUAG